AACGUUGCAAGAACCGUGAGUUGCGCCGGUUGCAAGAUGAAGAAUGUUGUCACGAUGAUGAAAAGGUAUCCUUACGGUCGAAGAACUGGAUGCAAAGAAUUUGCGAUUGACCUACAUGUGAAAAGGCAUGUCGAUUCAUCAUUUUUGUUUGAUUCCUCUAUCGUCAGCAAAGAACCGUUUAUAGGAUUUUUAUUGUGCAAUACACAGGUUCUUUGUGCUCUCAAGUCAAAUAGAUAUGACAAAGUUUCUUGA